UGCGCAUAAAGGCGUUUCUACCGCCAUUUCUCGCAUGAUUAAUUUGACAACGCAAAAAGAUCCCACCAUGUCGAAACCACAAAUUAUCUGUUCGCAUUCAUACAAUUGUACCAAACCGCCAUACAAAAAUUCCGCACUUGGUUUUAUUUUCGUAGACAGAUUUUGGACGGAGUAAAAUCUCUCGCUUCGCCUCUUCCUUCCUUUCUGGUUUGGAUCAACACUUCCGGAACACUUUCAUAUCAGUGGAGGCGAACUGAACAGGGCUCUGGGAGGCGUAGCUUGACAUAACCUUAGCCAAAUUGACAUCUCGACCUUGUUUCUGGCGUAAUUGUCACUACACAAACGGAAAAUAAAUGACUAAAUGCACCCAGGAUCACAUUGAAAGAUACCUGUGAAAGCUCUUGCUUCCCACCCAAAUGUCACAGUGACAGGGGCGGGCGGAGGCAGAGCCCGUUGCCCCGGCCCCUUUGCCCAACUGCAGAGCAGCCCCUGUCAGGGAGCACACCCUCCCAUUCCAGUCCUCUGGGUGGCACUUUGAGCCAUGGAGCACCCACGGGAGAAAGAGGGUGAGAGACCUGCACGCAGCAGCAAGGCAGGUCAGGGGCGCAGCGGGCACUCGCGCCCCUCGGGAUCAGGCUCCUCUGGAGUGCUCAUGGUGGGGCCCAACUUCCGUGUGGGCAAGAAGAUCGGCUGUGGUAACUUUGGAGAGCUGAAGUUGGGUAAAAAUCUCUACACCAAUGAGUAUGUUGCAAUAAAAUUGGAACCAAUCAAAUCAAGGGCACCACAGCUGCAUUUGGAGUACCGGUUUUACAAAACAUUAGGCAGCACAGCGGAGGGUCUUCCUCAGGUCUUCUACUUUGGGCCUUGUGGGAAAUACAAUGCCAUGGUGUUGGAGCUGCUGGGUCCCAGUCUAGAAGACCUCUUUGACCUUUGUGACAGGACCUUCUCUCUUAAGACCGUUUUGAUGAUGGCUAUUCAGCUGCUAUCCCGGAUGGAGUACGUCCACUCCAAGAACCUCAUCUACCGAGACGUGAAGCCAGAGAACUUCCUCAUCGGGCGGCAGGGGCACAAGCAGGAGCACAUCAUCCACAUAAUUGACUUUGGCCUGGCCAAAGAGUACAUCGACCCCGAGACCAAAAAACACAUCCCCUACAGGGAACACAAGAGCCUCACAGGGACCGCCCGCUACAUGUCUAUUAACACCCACUUAGGAAAAGAGCAAAGUCGACGGGAUGACCUGGAAGCCCUGGGCCACAUGUUCAUGUAUUUCCUACGAGGGAGUCUGCCGUGGCAAGGACUCAAGGCUGACACCCUGAAAGAGCGAUACCAGAAGAUUGGCGACACCAAGCGCAACACUCCCAUCGAGGUCCUCUGUGAAAGCUUUCCAGAAGAGAUGGCCACCUACCUGAGCUACGUGAGGCGGUUGGACUUCUUUGAGAAGCCCGACUACGAGUAUUUGAGGACUCUGUUCACCAAGCUGCUUGAGCGCAAAGGAUACACCUUUGACUACACCUACGACUGGGAUGGCAGACCGAUUCCUACUCCAGUGGGGGCUGUCAACGUGGACUCGGGUGCGUCUGCCAUCACGAGAGAAAGCAACACUAACAGAGACAGGCCCUCUCAGCAACAACCCCUACGGAACCAGACGGCAGCAUCAGACCGCAGAGGGGCAUGGGAUGCACAGCCCCACCGGCAGACAAACUCCUCCUACCUGAGCAGCUCCCACCUGGCCGCAGACAGGCAUGGGGGCUCUGUGCAGGUGGUCAGCUCCACCAAUGGGGAACUGAACGCCGAUGACCCAAUGACGGCCCAUUCCAACGCACCUAUCGCAGCGCAGGCCGAAGUGGAGGUGGUGGAUGAGGCCAACUGCGUGAAAAUGCUCAACCUGUGGUGUUGUUGCUUCUUCAAGCGAAAACGGAAGAAGAACUCUCCACGGCAGAAAUGAUCUCCUGCUACCCUGUCCGGUGUCGCUGAGCGAGUUUGGUUUUAAAGAAACUAAUGAAGGGACAUUUCUGGGAGGGAGUUGUGAGAGAGACUUGUUAUUACAAGAGAAAAAAUGGGAUUCUUACUGACCUGGACCUACUGAAUGGAACUACUAUACACAUGAAGACCUUGGCCACAAAGUCCUUUCUUUUCUUUUCUUUCUCGGUGGCUGAAUGGAUGAAUGACUAAAUUUGACUUUUGACCUUUCCUCUGGAUACUGGAGGAUGCUUGAGGACAUCUCUUCAUCUGCCCCAGUUUUUUUUCUUUCUUUUGCUCAAGCGGAGAUCAAAAGUCAAGUCUUCCCCUCUCCAUUUCUCUUUUCAGGUGUGAGGAGACCAGUCUAGCAGUCUAUAGACCUCUAUCACCUUUCUCUUUCUUUCUUGUGUCUCCUCUUUCUCUCUCACCAAACCCACUCACAUCCACAGUAAAAGCCGGUCUUAAGCUGUCCCUUUUGCUUUUUGUUCAUACAAAUUCAUGUCUGUACAUACGUAGGUGUGGAUGUUUGUUUGAAUGUGCCCUAAUGGCUAAUUGGUUCAUAUGCCACGAAGCUCCUCCCACUCAACCCUGUUUGACUGUCUUUUGAAGAAGGCAUUAUAGAUGAUGCUUCCUAGUCCUGAAGUAACCUUGCUCCAACCCUAGACACCUCCAUGGUCCCUUGUAGAUCGGCAAAGAUGCCACAGAUUCUUUCAAAUCUAUCAAGAAGGGUCUGCAGGUUGAUUUGGGAUUGGCAUAAGUAGUCAAAGCAAAAGAAGCACUUUUCUAAUGGAUCCUUGCCAGAAAAAAACCUGAUGAGUACCAAUUCACCUCUAAACAAUCACUAAAUUUGCCUGCUGCCUCCAUAUGUGUUAAAACCAAUUGUGCUAAUUUCAAUGAUAUGCAAGAAAAAUGUUAGACCGCAGCGAGUGACCAAAGGAAUGUGUGUGAACAGAGGACCUAUUAUGUUACCAGAUUUAGAUUUAACUGAAAAUGAUUUGUAUUCUAGAUCCAUGUUUGAUGCACUGGUCAUUAUUACCCACCCACUCCUUUUCAGCUUUUCAAUUUCAGGCCAAUUGUAAAAAAAAAAGUUGGCUAAUUGUAAAAAAAAAAAAAAUAAUUGGCUAAUUGUAAAAAAUAAAAUAAAAAUGCUGGCCAAUUGUAAAAAAAUAAAAAUGUUGGCCAAUUGUAAAAAAUGUUGGGGGGGGGUAUCACCAAUAGAUCUGUUAUGAGUUGCAUUUCGCAUUGCUUUUGGUAACAUUGCCGGUACCUGUAAACUGGUCCCUGUUAUCCACAAACACCUAACUUUGUUUCUGUGUGGAUUUAGGAAAAGUUGCUUCCAAAUGCUGAUCUAAGGUCAGUUGUAGAUUUUUUUUUUUGACCUCUCAAUGUUUAAAGCUAGGAUUGGGCUAGAGUGAACUGACACCAGAUGUACACUUUAGGGAGGCUUCUACCUCCAGUCUGUCUGUUUUGUAAUGAAUCUGGGACAAGGAGAACAGACUUGGCUCUCCUAUUGAUUUAGAUGCUACUGCUCCUCCUGCUGGCCUUACCAUGUAAUGCCUUAAUCAGACCACAUCUCUUCAGAGCCUAUCAGGAUAGGCAUCUGUUCACUGCAACAACACACCAGCCAAUAAGAAGACAUGUUGACAAGUCUGGUUCCUAUAGAGCAGUGUUGCUCAACUGGAUUCCUGGGGUAUCUUAUGGUGUUACAUAUUUUUGUUCUAGCCCAGCCUGAACACCUGAAUCACCUAAUUACAGGUUUAAUGAUUAGUUUAGUAUUAUUUUUGAAUCAGGUGUGUUUGCUGGGCUAGAACAAAAAAUGGAGCUACGGUGUGGACGCUCAAGACCUGGACUUAAGAAAUGGAACCUGUAGAGAGGGAGACUAUACAGCUGCCUCAAUGCCCCUUAGAAGUCAAAAUUAUUUAGCCUGUGGAAAUGGUUGCGUUUUAGGAGGUGACACUGUGGUCUCUCACUUUAAAUCAAUUUUAGCGCAGACAAGGUUGAGAAAGCAGAAUUUGAAGGUUUCAAAUAGAGGAACCUCAAUUUCUUUCCUCUAAGGUCAUCAGAGUGAAAGGAAGUGAAGGGCCUUUUAUUAUUCUUCAGAUAUGCUUAUUUGUGUUUCUCUGCAGUCAAAACAUUUGAGGUUGUAAAAUGCUACAUUUUACAAUAAUAUUCUACCCUCUUGGUAAACCUCAUUGUUUACUCCUGAGUUAUCUUGUCUGUUUUCAAUUUAUUUUGUUUUGUGUUGUCAAUGUGAACUGAAAAUGUAUGAUGUCCUGUAAUUUGUAUUUUUUUAAUCAUUGAAUGAUCUUGCUUUUUCAUGGGGGGAAGUAUUUAAACAGCGAUUGAGUGCACUACUUAUUUUGUACCUACUGUUGACUGCAGUUAGAAUGCCAGCCUCGCUCUCUACCAUCUAGAUACUAUCCACUGUUUCACUUGUGUAUUAUGGAAAUGGUGGAAAGAACUCUGUGGCUUUGAGUCAAGCUGGAAGAAUUGUCAAUUUCCUUAUGCUUCUAUUGAAUAACUCCCUUGUACACAGACAGACACACGGGCUUGUGUGAUACGUUCCUAUGAUACGUUUUUAUCUUUGGAGUCAGUUCUCUAGCUGUCUUUUAUAGGGAUGGACAAACAGAAGCUAUGUAUAUUUUUGAGUAACAAAGCAGUUUUUUUGGUGCUGUGUGCAAAUGUUGUAUUCUUCUUUGAAAGUGUAUGUCUUGAGUAAGUAUCUCUGCAGUUUAAAUUAUUUCAAACGUACUUGAAUUGAAAGAUGUGGGAUGAGUCUUGGUCAAGUAGUGGAAUGUCAGGAUUUACUCAAAUGCCAUUGUCUGACUAAAUAAUGUGCUUGUGAGUGACCUUAAUUCAUGGAUGGUCAGUUGAUUCACCCACCUAUCAUUCAGACUUUCAGACAUCGCUGCUGACCACACCAGGAUAAUUGUGAAGUGGGUAAAAGGCUUAGGCUGUUGUGUCAUGUGGUGUCGCUCUCCUUCUCUUGAUCUCUCCCUUUCUCUCUCCUUCACCUUGUUGUUUUUGGUGGCUUCCUCCCUUCCUUGAAGUAAUUAGUGAUAUAUAACGUGACAGUUGAAAGAAAUGGCUUUUCCCGUAUGGAUUUCACCUGUCUAGUCAUGUCCAAUCAGUGAUUACUUGAAGGAAGAGAGAAAGGACUGUAUUUAUCCCAGGCCUUUUGACUUUCUAUGACACUGGUGCAGCAUGGAGGUGCUGACCCCAGUGUUUCUUGAGAGAACAGAGGAUAUAUUUUCCACUAGUUACCACAGCCAUAUUGUCAAAAUUGGCUAUAUCGUAAAAAUGUAUGACACUUUUUGGUCUUAAUUUAAGGUUAGUGUUAUGCAUAAUAUUAGCAGUGUGGUUAGAGGUAGGUUUAAAAUUACAUUUUUAAGAACAUAAAUCGUAGAAGUAGGGAGUGUUUAUGACUUCGUGGCUAGGGUAACUAGUGAAGACCAGAGGACUUUUACUAGCUUAUUCACCGGAGUCCCACACGCCCCCUGAUGGCAGUAUAUAUUUGCCCAUGCAGCCUUCUGAUCCCACUGGGGGUAAUUUUGACGCUGCACAUUCCUUUUCCUCCAUAACAUGUUAACGCAACCUCCUCCGAUGGCAGGGUUUGUUUGAGAUGUCACUCACUGUAUCAGGAUGCGCUGACUAUGAAUAUGUAUACCUCAGAGAAAAGCCAUUACUGUCUCUAGCACACACACGCACACACUUUUUGUUCUUUCAUCUCAGUCUUUGCUCCCCAGUGCCAGCUUCAUGACCUCUAACCUUCCUCUGGUGCCAUGGGUGCUGAAAUGUUAACAUGUUGUAGACAUGAGCCCUAUUCUCUGCUCUUAAGAUGGUGACAUUUUGACACUUGCGUUUGGUGGGUUAGCUGUAUCAUUGCAAGUGCUUUUGGAGAAACCAUUCAGAAAUAUUGUUUUGUUUUUUGCCAUGUUAUUGCUUACCUGCUGUCUUCCCAGGCCGUGCUUGUGUAACAACCAUACCAUCUCAGAAUUGGUAUGGUUAUGUAAUGUCAAAAAUACGCAAAAGGUCUUAUUUUGCUUUAGAUCAUUUACGUGACUAAGAAUUCAUGAGGCUUCUACUAUAGUAGUAUUGCUUAUGAUUACACAUCAUUUUUUUCAAUAAGUAUUCUUGACCUGCUUUUCUUGCUUGAUCCCAACAACCAAAGUUAUUGUUUUGGCAUCCUUGUUUUCUUGUCAUUGUACUUCCUUAAUAUUAAUGGAACCACUUACUUUAAUACAUACUUGAAAUGUUUUGCCACAGUUUGUGCAACAUGUACAUAUGUACAGUCACUUAUAAAUGAUCUAGAUGCUACGGGGGGGCAUGACUUGGUACCCUCUCCAUCAGCAACUAGAAGACGACACUGAGUCAGAUGGCUUUGACCAGUUGUAUCCUCGUCAUGUCUUCUGCAUCUAGGGGUAGAUUAAUUCAACCUGCGGUUUUCUCAUUGGCUUUAAGCACAAUUAUUAUUGUACUGGUAUGCUUUUGUGUAUUUAAAGAAUACUAUCUUGCUUGAAUGAAACGGGUCCAUCAGGGCCUUAAUGACCAUUUUCAUCGUUGCUGGUUCCUUUUUCAUUCUCACUGUCAUUCCAGACAAUCUCUCCACUUCCUCAGUGUUGGAGAGACCAUUUAUCGAUGGUUGCUUGCAUUUGUCCACAAAUGUGUAGGGCACGAGCUGCAAAGACUGCUCAAGUGAGGUAGACUUUUUCCGACAUUACGUUCAGAGUUGUUUAAACUGUAGACCUCCAGUGGUUAGAGACAAGACUGCAAUAUUGUACUGAUUAUUUUCAAUUGUAAAUUAUGUAAAGUUGAUUAUGUUCAAAUGGGAGUCUAUUUUCUUGAUCCGUUUUUCUUUUCUCCCUCUUCAAAGCUGUCUCCUGUUCUGGUAAUAGUUUCAAAGCUAUGAAUAUGAGUCAAGUAUUACAAUUGUAUUAUGAAUAUUACUGUGUUGAAUCAUGAAUGUUACUUCAAAAUGUAUUUGAAUGCUUUAACCUGGUUAAGGGCUCCAAUCGUGAAGAACCCCUUUUUUUUCAGGUUUUUGAAAUAAUUUUUUUUUUACAGAAAGAAACGAGGUCUAGACUCUUUCUGUCUUAAUGCCUACCCCCUUCGCCCCCAGAAGCCUCAAGUGAAAUGUGUCUUGGGACCUUUCCAAAAUCUUACUUUUUAUUCCCUCCUAACUUAAAGGGGAAAUCAAGUUUGCACCCUUUUUUAUGUAAAAUAAAUCUCUCUUAACCUUUA